AUGUCAUUGAAGCCUACAGGUCAGACAGGCAGGCAAACAGUCUCCCUUGCAGUGCUCUUGUUUCAGCCCGUAGCCGAUGUCGCUGCGCGAUAUUUUGGUGCCCUUACUGCAGCUAGUGCAAAUCUCGCCUUUGCAGGGGGUAGAGCCGCCGUAAAUUACGCGCUGAGGCUUCGCUGCAAGACGCCAGGGUGUGUUUUGCCGUCUUCUUGUGACGGAGUGGCCUUUGCUGCCUCCUCCAGAAGGUUUGAAAGUCAGUCAUCAAGUAUCCUGUUGGAGAUUCCUGCCGUCGCUGCUAAAGCCUUUAUGUUGCUCCCGGGAGUCAAACUGCGGCUGGUGACACCGCGAAAAAACGCCGUCUCGACAUGCCAGGGACGGAUGUUUUUCGGGGAUCUUUUGCCUGCCGAUGCGUUGAUAUGCCGCGUUCUCGCUGUUUCCAUGAGUGUCUUUGACGUUGCUGCUGCUUCUGCUGCAGAUCUGCCGCGGGUGUGCUGGUUGCUCGCUCAGUUGCGAGCCACUGCAGCAGUGGACAAGCUGUCGAGACACCUCAUGCCCCAGUUACCGUUGCUGUAUCCGCAUCAGCUGGCAACUGCAGCAGCUGCUCUUGGCUUUGUACGGCUGCAGCACAAGUUCCUUCUCAACGCCAUCGCAGCCGCAGCAAUGCCAUACCUCUCCGAAAUGCCAGCAGGAGAUCUUCUCAAGCUGCUUCAGGGCUAUGCAGGUGCGCAGCUGCAUCACUAUGGUCUCGUAAGUGCCGUUGCCGCAGAAAUACAGCGACGGGUGCAUGCAGCGGCGGCAGCUGCUGCUGCCGUGUCAAGCGAAAUUCCCGGAAAAGGCAGCAGCAUUGGCAGCGAGGAGGGGCGUUCAAACGCUGCGCAGUGGAAGUCAGAUGAAGUCUGGAUCCAGGAAGCCUCGGGAGUUGCAGCAGCACCCAAAGGGCAGCAGCGGCGACAGAAGGCAGCCAGUGGAAUUGUGCCUUCUUUGGAGCAGCUCGUUGAUUUCCGUGAGAGAGAGACACACACACACCACAAACCUUUCAGCAUAAUGGGAAAGCCUGGCGCAGCAACCACAAGCACCCUUUUUUGA